AUGGCAAGAGAGAUCUACAUACUUACCCAUCGUAUCACUGGCCAAAACAUCGCUGUGGAUCCAGGUCUUGUGGGCCUGUCGUUGAAAUAUGCACUCAGUAUCACACAGGCUCCAAACUGGAUAGUCCGCCAGCACACCAAGCUCGAGUCCAAUAUCGUAGCCGUUGGGCGUCUUCAGGAAUACGUCGAUCUCAAGCCUGAAGCCUCAGAGAUCAAUGCUGACAACCGUCCACCACAGGAAUGGCCAACUCAGGGGCGCGUCGAAUUCAUCGACUACGAGACCAGAUAUCGUCCAGGACUCGAUCUUGUCCUCUGUGGCGUCAACUGCUCGAUCAACCCUCACGAGAAGCUCGGCAUCUGCAGCCGAACAGGAGCAGACAAGUCCAGCUUGACCCUGUCGCUCUUUCGCAGCGUCGAGGCCGCCAAGAGACAGGCCCCUGUCGACGGCACCGAUAUCUCGGCCCUAGGGUUGUAUGAUGGCCACUCUCGGUUCUCGAUUAUCUCCCAGGAUCCGGUCCUGUUUGCUGGCACCAUUCGGUUCAACUGGAUCCCUUGGGGACAAGGCCCGACGUCGGGCUGUGGCAAGCACUCGAGGUCUCGUAUCUCAAGGACUAUGUCUCGGCCAUAG